AUGCACUUGAGGCCAAUAGCGCACGGCUAUGCGGAUACUUUUCAGGGGAAAGAAGAGCUUGUUACUGCCGUUGCACGUUCUCAAGCCGCCUUUGUGUCACUUCUGGGUGCAAUCGCUCUCCGAUUCCUGGCUCUUGACAGAUCGGAUCAGCGCGCCACCUGGCGCACCAAACUCAUGACUGCAACCCACAUGCCGCCUCGGCUCAUGGAUUCACUGGAGGCCGUCGUUGGUCGUCUUCUCCGCAAUCCAGUGGGGAUGAUCUUCGAUUGCACGCAGGAGAUCCCACGCGAAAUUGACUGGCUCUUGGCGCUUCUGGUCAACAACACAGUCUCCAUUCGCCUUCCCAUCUACUUCUUCCUCGGUCAAGGCGAUGCGGCCGUGAACCAUGCUUCACAUCUGGAACGUUUCCUGUCAUUGCGGCAGAUCCAUCCAAGUGUCCAGGACACGAUCCGCGCUCUUAGCUUGCUCUCUUCCACCCAGAUUGCCAGCGAAGAGUAUGUCUUCGUUGCAGAGAACAUAAGGCAUUUUGGGAUCUUCCCUAACCCGGAUUUCUAUGAAGCGCUGCAGCCCCGCAAACGGGAGUUCCCCCCCGUGGAGGCUCACAGCGGACAGAGGGAAACGGAAACCUACACGGAGUUCUUUGCGCGGCGGAAGGUGCGAAACGAGACCCGGGUUGCGGCGGAGACAUCACAGCAGAAGCAGACUCGCUUGCAACGUGAAAAGCAGGCCAUUUCACAGGGUUGUCCUGGCAAAAAAGGCCCUCGAGUUUUUGUUUGGGAAGAAAAGGACAAGUUUUGGGUCCAUCGACUCCUGCAGCGCAACGAGGUCGGGGAUGAAUGGGAUGAAUUCGCGCCAUCCCAGCGCAUUUUCGAUUCGUUCCACAACAAAUGGGAUCUUUGCCGACCAUUGGAUCCUGCAGCUGUCGUGCUAAACGACGACGACGACAACUUAGCCAUUUACUUCCCUGUUGCCUAUCGCGGACAAACACUUGACCCAAUCGAGAUCCGAUCCUCGGACGACUUAAGCAGCCAGUUCAUGGAUGACUUCGAGGACGAGCCUCCUGCGGGGCUGUCCGCUGAAAUCCAGUCAGUGUUGGUGAUGGGUUUUGGACUUGAUCACUCUCUGGUGAUUGGGUCACAUGAUCAUCUGAUUCCAUCUGAUCUUAUCACUGAUCCUAUCACUGAUGAUAUCUGA